GAUGACCAGAGACUGCGGACAGUACAGGAGAUACCAGAGACUGACAGUACAGGAGAUGACCAGAGACUGCGGACACAGUACAGGGAUGACCAGAGACUGCGGACAGUACAGGGAUGACCAGAGACUGCGGACACAGUACAGGGAUGACCAGAGACUGCGGACAGUACAGGAGAUGACCAGAGACUGCGGACAGUACAGGAGAUGACCAGAGACUGCGGACAGCACAGGAGAUGACCAGAGACUGCGGACAGCACAGGGAUGACCAGAGACUGCGGACAGCACAGGGAUGACCAGAGACUGCGGACAG